AUCACGGCUUUUAUUGCAUUACUUUAUACUUCAUGCUUAACGUUUGCAAAAUUAUUAACGAUCGAUUUACAUUCAGAUGUAAUGAACAAGUCCAUGCCAAUAUUCCAAGGUAUAAACUUCAAUGAAACUGAAAAUGACAACAGUGGUACUUUAAAUGAAACUGAAACCGAUAAUGAAAGUCAUGUAAUCAUGACUGAAGCAGAUGAUGUAACUACUGUCAUACCUGAUGAAGAAGAAAUUAAAGCGAAUUCAAAAGCCAUUUUCCGUCGUGAACCUAUAGUUAUUAAAACAGUGACAAACAACGUAACUUUAGACAAUAUAAAAACGGUUAACUUAAGUGUGGGUAUCAAACAUAUAAAUCAGAUGACUACGGAUGUAGUAUCACAACCACAAUACCUGUCAAAAGGUACAACUUCAGUUCAAACUGAUCAAACGAUAAAAUCACAUCUUGUUACUGAAGGGGCUACUUCUAAAUCAUUACCUAAACUUCUGUUAUUUGGAAAAGGAAUUAAUAAACAACCCCGGAAUCAAACAAUUGAUUCUGAUACAAUAUAUGUACCAACAUUCGAUAUUAAAAUAAGCAAUGAAACUGAUAAAACAGAUCACAGAGCACGCAACCGUGCGCUCGAAGCUGUCAGAUUCAAAACAGGUAUUAAGACAAUAAGUGUUCCUCAUGUACACUAUGCACCAGUUGACAUAGCGUUUAGAGCACAACUUUCCCACUCUGAGGUGAUACCUGCCAAACUAAAACUCAAUCGUUCAUAUGGACCAAUUGCUACACGAACAACAUUAAUACCAUCACAAAUCUCUAAUACCGACACAAAACAAAAUAACGCAAUGAAAUUGAAAUGGAAAAAUUGGAAUAAAAAAUUUAAGUUUCCUAAAAAGGUAAACAAUACUCUUAAAAAGAAUCGGAAUAUUAACACAGACAACGUAACCACUAUUGGAAACUCACAGAACUAUUUAAAAAAUAUUUACUUGGAUGUAAUAGAUUUAAAAAAUUCUACUGAGUCGACUAUAACAAAAAGUAAUAAAUACGAUGACAAAAAGAAAGGGUUAAGAGUUAAGCGCGAUCUUCCUGAAAGCACAACAGAGAAAGUAGUAACAAUCGAGGGAAAAAAAGAGACCACAAACUUGAACGUAACACGUAAUAGUUUUAUAAGAAAUUUAAAUAAUAUUUUAUCUAAGAACUUGAGUGUGGCCGUACAUGAAGUAUUUGAUGAGCUUAACAUGGUUGCACUUACACCUCCUGACAAUAAGUUUCCGGGAUCUAAUUUGCUUUUCAAGAUACCAAAUUUAGAUGACAAAAUGAUACAAAAAUUAAAGUAGAAAAAAUGAAGCCGAAACUUGUGCCAAAAAUUUUAGGAAAAAUAUUAACUAAUCUGUUUGAAACUAUCAGUGGCUAUCAGGGGAACGGAGACAGUUCAGAUACUUAUUAUGAUACGAUGGACGUAACAGUCAAAAAAUAUGUUUCACUUGUUUCGCAGUACAAAUAAUAACUCCGAUAAUAUUGACAGUCUAAAAUUGCUACAUUAUUUGUAUACCCAUACCCCUAAUGGUGAAAACAUAUAUGACGAAUGCGCCUGUUAGCGAAAUACUUGCGAGCUACAGACAUGAAUUUCGUAGUGCGGUACUGGCUCCCAGUAUUCGCAUCCCACCUCACUGCAGAGCUCAUCCGUUCAGUUUUUUGAAAACUGCUGGACGCAUAUUUCGAACCAAUAUUUCAGCUCUGAAACUAUACUGUUUAUUUCAAUUUUUAUUGAAUUGGUAUUCAAUUAUUUUCUUGUAUAUUAAUAAUUAUAAUAUACUGUUUAUUUUUUGUAAACCGUAGUCUGCCACUGAGGUCGUUGUCUUCUUCUCUUUUUCUUUAUUGCUAAAAGUGUUAAUAACAUAAUUCAUGCUUCAGCAAUAACGAGAUCAUACAUA